AUGGCUGUCUUCCCUGCAAAACGCUUCCGCUCGAGCUCGUACAAUGGCACUAUGCCUGCUAGAUACCGCGCACUGCUCGCCAAACACCCCUUCGCUCUCUUUGGCCUUCCCUUUAUUGCGACAAUGGUUCUGGGCUCUUUCUUUCUGACCCCAGCAACCGCCAUUCGAUACGAAAAGCAUGACCGCAAAGUCAAGCAAUUGUCCAAGGAGGAAGAGCUCGGUAUCGGCAAGGACAGGCGAAGGAUCGAUCUGAAGGAGGAAUACUACGUACGCGAACUGCCCUCGCUCUUCUGUACAAUUUUAUCUGACACAAAGCGCAGANGACUGGCUGCCAAAGAUCUCGACAACUGGGAACAGAAANGAGUCAAGAGACUACCUGGCGAGCACGACGGCAUCCUCUGA